AUGCCGAAGUCUAGAAGGGUUCAAAGGGACAGGUUCGCCGUGGCGGUGUUCAACGCCUACAAGUCCAAUCGGUCUCUUCUAUUGAAUGCCUCCUACAUUAUUUUGAUUACUGCGGCGUUUUCGGGUGCUACAACAACCUCGUCGUCGUCUCGAAAGAAGAAGGACGCCAACGAGGAUGCGUUGAUCCAGGGGAAAGCGAAACCAAGGCUCACGAGAGAAUCUCUCAGGAAACUUCUCAAGGCUGCCAUUCCUUCCUUUGUGAGUCCAGUUGUCGGUUUCUUCGUGGCUCACUUGGUGCUUUUGGUGUGCAGAGCCAUGCUCACAAUCAAAGUUGCCAGCUUGGACGGUUUUCUUGUGGGUGCUUUGGUCUCCAAGAAACUCAAGCGAUUUUCGAAGCUUUUGGCGUUCUGGAUGUUACUUGGAGUGCCGGCAUCUUUCGUCAAUGCGUUACUCAACUGGACCAAAGACAAGAUGAGGCAGCAUUUGCGUAUGAACCUUAACAAUAGCAUUAUCGAGGAUUAUCUUCCUGACAAUUUGGAUCCAAACUAUUACGCGUUGAUUCAGCUCUCUGAUAGCAAAAUCAAGGAUCCCGACCAGAGACUCUCUACAGAUGUUUCGCGCUUGGCGUCUGCCAUGGCUAGUCUCCCUGGUCAGCUCUUAAAGCCAACAUUGGAUAUGCUCCUUUGCGCAAGAGAGCUCUCCAGAAGUGGUGUAGGUAGCGGCGAGGGCACUCUUGCUCUUGGUAUGUUGGCUCAUUUCUCCACAAUUGUCUUGAGGUUCUUCUCCCCUCCAUUUGCCAAGCUUGCUUCUGAGAAGGCUAAUUUGGAAGGCCAGCUUCGUUCAGCUCACUCAAAGAUUGUUGCUAACAACGAAGAAAUUGCCUUUUUGCGUGGUCAUUACCGUGAGCUCGACUAUAUCGAUCUCUGCUAUUACCAGCUUGAGCGUUUCUUAAAAAUGGAGUACUGGAAACGUGCAAUUCAUGAAAUUGCUCAAACUUUCAUCGUAAAGUACUUCUGGGGUGCCGCAGGCUUGGUCUUGUGUUCGGCACCUGUGUUCAUCAACAAAUACCUUGGGAACGAACCUGAUCCUAAUGCCGCCGGUGACUUCAUCACCAACAGAAGAUUAUUGAUGAGUGCCUCGGACUCCUUGGACAGGUUAAUAUACUCCAGAAGGUUUUUGCUUCAAUUUGUUGGUCACGCAACCAGAGUCACUUUCCUUCAAGAUGCCUUAAAAACUAUUAAGGAAAAAAGAUUAGGUAAUCCACAAAUGAGUGAUGAAAACGUUGAGUUUGGUGAUGAGAUCACGUUCAGCGAUGUGAGACUUGUCACACCAGCUGAUGUCACCUUGGUUGAGAAGCUCAACUUUAGUAUCAAACCCGGAGAGCAUUUGUUGAUCGCUGGCCCUAAUGGUUGUGGUAAAUCAUCCAUGUUCAGGAUGUUGGGUGGCUUGUGGCCUUGUAAGUACGGUAAAAUCACUAUUCCUACCAGUGACAACAUGUUCUAUUUGCCACAGCGUGCUUACCUUUGCAGAGGUUCAUUGAGGGAACAAAUAAUAUACCCUCACACUGCGGAGCAAUUCCGUAACAACAAGCACGGGAAGAGUGAAAAAGAUCUCGAAGAAAUUCUCAAUAUUUUGGAUUUGUCUGACCUUUUGCCAGAAAACAAGGAUUGGGACGUUGUCAAAAACUGGAACGAGGAGUUGUCCACUGGUGCACAACAACGCCUAGCAAUGGCUCGUCUCUACUACCACCAGCCCAAAUUUGCUGUUCUUGACGAAUGUACAUCGGCUGUGUCACCUACGAUGGAACAGUUCAUGUAUAAGCAUGCCCAAGAGAUUGGAAUCUCGUUACUUUCUGUUGCCCAUAGGCCUGCGUUGUGGCACUUCCACAACCGUUUAUUAAAGUUCGAUGGCAAAGGAAACUACUACUUCGGUCCAUUGGACGCUGAGCGUCGUUUGAAGUUCGAGGAGGAGAGAUUGAAGUUGGAGAAAAACCUUAGAGACGUGCCAACCUUAAGAGACAGGCUCCAGGAGUUGAAGACUGUUUCGAAUGCUCAACAUAUCAGAUAUGAGAACUCACACCGUGAUUUGGCUGCGCUUGGAAGAAGUGCUGCAAGUAAUGGUAACAAGGAUAGUGAGAAGAAGGUCGAAGAUGUCACUGAUAAUGCGGAGGACAGAACUUCUGAAAAGCCUACUAAGAAGUCUGAAGAGAGUACAGGCAAUCAGAGUGACGAGAAGAAGAAAAGGAAGAAGUCUGCUAAGAAGAGUCAAAGUAAGUAA